AGAAAUAAAAAUUAUAGUCAUCCUUUCCGUUUUUGCUCAACGUAUGGUUGAAGAGCCUUUGCUUGUUGAUUUAAAGUGGAAAUUAUCAGUCUUCCUAUGUGAAUUGCAUCUAAAAUCAACGAUAUAUCAAGUUGGAGCUUUCACUUUACGAAAAUCAGCAAUAAUCGAUCGACUACAGGCAAACUUGGCUGCUGGUACUCUACUCUGGGCCAAACGUUCCUCACUCUCUCCUCACUCAGCCUGACUCUCUUAUUUUAUUUAAUCUAUAACAGUUUUGCUGCUUUCUCAGCUGAUAUAAAAUCUGCAACCUUUCUCACAACCCAAAUUAUCUUCCACAUCAACUAUGGCAAAUUUAGCUAAUCAACGAUCAUUUACAACGUUCAAAAUGAAUGCACUUUCAAUAUUUAAGAUAGAUCUUAUCAAGUCUGCAAGAUAUUUACAGCGGCUCUUAAGUCGAAUCGACCAAAUACCUUCACUAUAUGAGGGCCCAACUGUUGCGGUAGCGAUAGAGAGAUAUGAAACUUACUGGCUUCCUUUAGUUGCCGAAAAAGACAACAUCGAUCUAGUACCUCCUAUAGAUAUUCAAUGGGUAUGGCUUGUACAUAUGCUGUCUCCCUAUUCUUAUGAAAAUGACUGCCUAAAAAUUGUUGGUAAAACAAUUGAUCAUAGGCUAAUGCCUUCAGAAAAGGAGGAGAAGGCAAGAUCAAACACAGAAAAAAUGUGGAAGAUUAAAUAUCCGAGAGUUCCCUUUCAAAUAAAUUUUGAUAAUGUAUAUUCGAACUCCAAUUAUAAACAAAAAUCAACUUACGAUCUUCGAAUGGCUAUUUCUAGACAAAAAUUAUUCUUUUAUCAAGUUUCUUUACCACACUUUAUUGAUAACAUAUUUCUCGAAAAUGCUCUCGAUAGAUAUAUAAAAUUUUUAUAUUUGAAACACCUAAAACCUUCGGAAUUUUUUGUUCCUUGUUAUGACAUGGAUUUGAUAUGGCAUGCCCACCAACUACAUCCAUUGUUAUACAAAGAAGCUACCGAAUCUUUAUUAGGCAAACUGUUAAACCAUGACGACUCAGUUAACGAUCGAUCUAGGGAUUCAAAACUAAACAAAGCAGAUGUAUUAACGAGACAGAUCUGGAAAGAAGAAUUUGACGAAUCAUUCUCUUCAGCUGGAGCAAUGUUUCGUGGUAUGCCGGUUAAUGGUAAAUUGAAUGCAAUAGAUACAAAAGAAAUAUAUACAAUGUCAUCUAAGCGUUGUAAAGUGACUAUCUCACAAUUAUAUGUUGAUAGUGGUAAUUUAAAUGAGCAUCGACUGAUGGUCCGUCUUGCCCUUCGCAAAGCAGGUGCAGACAGCUUAGAAAAGCAAAUCUUAAAGCUGAGAGGCCCACAGAAGCUGUGGAAGUCGAAAGGGGACGGCAUAGUAAAAUUUGAAAUAACCACAUCCGAUAAUGUGUCCCUUCUCUUCGAAUUGUAUGAUUGUAAGGGACUUAUGUGCCUCUAUCGUGAGAAAAACUGUGCCUGCAAAAAAUUUGAUGUGUCAGAUAUGAUUGAGGAGUAUCCGACCUGCAGAACCCUCUCCUAUGAGGCUGUUGGCUUUGAAAGUCAAUCGUCAUCAACGGAGGCCACCCUCUCUUUUCAAAUGUCUUUCUCAGAGCCAGAGAGGAGUAUAUGCGUUUUUAGUCUUGAAAUUUCAAAAUUUGAAACUUGUGUAAUACCUGAAAAUAUUGAACAGUUAUGGGGUCCGAUUCCAAUGGCCCUACUCCCUGAAGGUGUUCCAAAUACCUGUUAUGCUGCUUCUCAUAAAAUUUAUAAUCAUCUCAAUCAUUUCGAAUUUACAGCCAGGGUUAUCCAUUCAAUACCUCUUAAAAUGUCUGCCAUUCAACUAUUCAGAGGUGAUAAAAUGAUAAGUGUAGGACAUUUGAUUAGCACUGAUCAACUUCCUACUGCCAGUGAUGUCAGCUGUGACUUCCAAUAUGCUACUAUAGACCCCUCUAAAGGUGAAAGAGCUUUCAUCAUAAAAGAUGAAUUUGGCGAUUGGGGAAUUUGUCUAGGAUUUUGGGAAGGUCUCAAGAAAGGUAUUCCAGGUAAGGCUGGGUCACGAGGCGUAAAAGCUGUUCGAGGAGUCCCCGGAGACCCUGGUUAUUUAGUUAUUCGUCUGCUUAAACUUAGGGAACGAACUUGGACAUACACUAAAAUUCGUCUUUGCGAAAAAGAUAAACAGAAAAAAGAGGCAUACAUCGAGGGCUUAAAUGUUGACUUUAGAACAGCAAAAUUUUAUGUUUCAAAGGAGGUCAACGAUAUAGGUCCAAUUUUGACUACAGCUCUAUGUCUUACCCUUCUCCAAGUUUUGUGUCAACCAAGAGUAGUUAGCCAAGAUUUCUCUCUAAAUAUGUCUGAAGAAGAGAAGGAAAAUGUGAAAUUUGAUCAAGAAAAUACUUUUGGCUGUUCUACCCUAGCCCUGCUUGUUGCUGGAGGUUUUAAUAUUGAUACUCCAUGCAACACUUUUAUGAAAAUUUCAUCAGGUGGAUCUUGUGCUGGCUGUUGUUGCGAUGCAGAUGGUUACGCUGAUGUGGCUGGUUGUGGAGGCUGUGGCGGUUGCGGUGGUUGUGGGGGUUGUGGUGGCUGUGGUGGUUGUGGAGGUUGCGGGGGUUGCGGGGGUUGCGGGGGUUAA